UCUGCUUCUCUAUAAAAGCUGCCGCAGCGCAUCGGUUGAGCAGAAGCACUGCAGAGUUUUUUCUGGCAGAUACUCUCAACAGAUCCAACAACCAUGAAGGUCCUCGCUGUCCUGGUUCUAGCCGUUUUCACAGGCUCCAAUGCCAACCUCUUCUAUGCUGAUGCACCCACGCCCCAGCUGGAGGUGCUGACUGAUGCCUUCUGGGAUUACGUCGCCAAAGCCACUCAGACCGCCGAUGACACUAUCCAGAUGAUCAAGAGGUCUCAGUUGGGACAGGACAUCAGUGCUCGGCUGACCGAUGGCACUGACAUGGCCAACCAGUACGCCGUCACCCUGCACAAGCAGCUCCCCCCUGUGGCCAAGGACCUGAUUGCCAAGGUGAGCGCUGAGGCAGAUAUCCUGAAGGAGCGCGUGACCCUGGAGCUGAACGCCGUCCGUGAGAAGAUGGAGCCCUACACCAACACCAUGAGGGCCCAGGUCCAGGAGAGAAUUGAGCAACUUCAGUCAGACCUCAACCACCUUCUCACCAUGGAUUCCGAGACCCUCAAGACCGAACUCAUGAGGAGGAGCGAGGUGAUCAAGGCCAACCUGGAGCAGAGCGUGGCUGAUCUGCAGGCUCAGCUGGGGCCCCACACCGAAGACCUGAAGGAGAAGGUGGAGGAGCACCUUCAGCUCUUUAAGGACAACGUGUCCCCAAUGGCUGAGAAAGUCCAGAUUGAGCUGACCCAUAGAGCCCAGCAGGUGAAAGACCUGGCCACCCCUUACGUCGGAGAGUUGAAGGACACCCUGGACCCCUACACCCAGGACCUCCAGGCUCAACUGAUUGCCCUCUACGAGUCCUUUGUCAAAAGCAACUAAGUCUACUACCGCAUUAACAACAAUAAACUGAGCACACAAGUAUACAGUUCUCCCAAAGGGGCUACGCAAACUCAUCAGUAUCUACAAAUGUUCAUUGUUUACAGUAGUACUCAGUGUUGGUCUGUUCCACGCAGUCUUCCAUUACAAUUAAAAUAAAGCUCUUCCCAAAAAAACAAAACAAAAGAAAAAAGCUAA